AUGGUAUUUUCCAACACAAAUCGACGAUCGAGUGUUCUAGUAGGGAAGCGUUCGAUGCAACUCUUCGAAGAAUCAGGAGAAAAAGAAUCGAAGUUUGUGAAAUUUAUUAUUAAUGUGUACAACAAAUGGGGUUUCUGGAUCACUCGUUAUUCUUGGCCUGCUAUGAUCUCUUGCCUAUUGAUUUCGAUGCUUGCACUUUUCAAAAUAUAUUUUACACCACAAAGCAAUGAUCUGGAAGGUUAUUCACCAUUCGAAGCGCGCUCUCGCAUUGAAUAUAACAAAUAUUUGAACUUUUUCUCAGGACAUGGUUUAGCUGCAACCACAUUAUUGUAUAUUACAGCCAAAGAUGGUAAUUCGAUGCUUCGACCAAGCCAUCUUAAUAACACUAUAGAGGUGCUACAUUUGGCUGAAAACAAUAUCACAUUAUACGAUCCAAUUACACGUCAAAAUCUAUCUUUCAAUGAAUUCUGCAAAGAAUUUUGUGAUAUAAAUGAACCCGUAUUACAGUUUUACAAUGCAUAUAUGAUGCAGAAGUGGAAUCUGCAGAAUGGUGAUCGUCCAAAUCGAUAUUUACAAUUAAAUUAUCCCAUUAGUACUCUAUUUGGUCGUGAGAUAACGAUUCAACCAUACUUUUUUGGUGUGGAAUUAUACAACGGAAAUGAAACAAAAGAGGAUAUCAAUAAAGAAACGGAAGGCAUACUUCAAUUGUUCGGUAAUGAUACAAAUGUUGAUUUAUUGCUAGACUGGAAUGAGACAUAUCCGGCGGUGACGAAUAUGAAAUCAGUGAAGAUGAUCGCAUUACAAUUUCGUGCUCUGGAAAAACCUCAAUGGAGCAGGGAUGAAAUGAAGCAAUGGGAGAUGAGUGUCGUUCAUUUCUUCGAGAAUUAUCAAUCAGAGCAUUUGAUGAUUUAUGUCAUUUCUACCACUUAUAUCGAGAAAGAAAUGAUUCGUGCCGGAAUAUCAUUGUUGCCGUAUCUAACUGUUGGCUUUAUCAUCAUGUGUACCUGUUCUGUAAUUACUGUAGUUGUUCGAGCUGCUUACAUGCAUCAAAAUAAUAUAUUUAAGAUUUUUCUGGCGGUGAUGGCUUGCGCUACGCCAUUGCUAGCAUGUUGUACAGCACUAGCAGUAUUAUUUCUGUGUGGUAUGAGAUUCUCCUCAAUACUUUGCGUCAUACCUUUUCUGGUCCUAUCUGUUGGUAUUGAUAAUUCAUAUCUAAUGAUCCAUGAAUGGCAACGUGUGACGAAAGAAAUACGAAGUGGUGAGAAGAAGAGUGAAACUGUUGGACAUCGAAUGUCUGAGGUACUUAGUGAAGUUGGUCCCGCAAUACUAAUUUCUGCGAUAACCAAUAUAUUAGCUGAUACUGUUGGCUGUUUCACAUCUUCUCCUGAAAUCCGUCUUUUGUGUAUUGGAAAUUUAUUCUCUAUGUUUAUGGCAUAUUUAUAUCAGAUGUCUUUUUAUUCUGCUCUGAUGUCUGUUAUUGGGAAAUUUGAGAUUGAAGCAGAGAAGAAUGAAGAUAAUACUACAAAUAUUACAAUAGAGAAAAGUCAAGUGAGUAUCAGAAAAGGCAGCGAGCUUAGAAAUUCAAGAUUUCAUGAUAAGUCAAAGCUGUAUGUCAGUAAAUACAUGGGAAUAUACGCUGAUAUCAUUUCACGUCCAGUGAUAGCAACGCUUAUCAUUAUUCUUUACAUUACUUAUAUUAUCAUAUUUGUAUGGGGGAUAGCACGAAUGAAUAUCAGUCUUACUUCUGAGAAGCUAUUUCCAGCAGAUUCUCCGCUGAUAAAGCUUAAUGAGCUACGCGAAGAAUAUGAAAUACCGCUCUUUACGAUGGCAACGGUAUUUGUGGAUGUGCCUACAGAUUCGUCUCAAAAACCACCACUUCUUCUGAUGGACAAAAUGGUUCAAGAUUUCGAAAGCCUUGACGGUAGCUGGGGAUCCAAUGGAACUAUGUAUUUUAUGCGCGAUUUCGCCUUAUUCCAGAAUUUUUUACGAUUAAAUAAUGAUUAUGAUUCUGAUUCAUUGGAUGAUGUCAGCAUGACAACAAUCGAACCUGAUGUUUUAUCUAAAUUCAAUAUUGAUGAUCUAGAAAAUUUCUUAGCAUGGCCAGAAUAUGAUUUUUGGUCCGCCUUCGUCCAAUUGCAAAACGUUAGCGCCGAUGGAAAACAAAAAAAAAUGAGACGAUUUUUCUUCACCACAGCCUAUCACGAUAAAAAUUUGAAGGAGUGGACGAUGCGGGGGAAAUUACUGAAACAAUGGCGUGCUAUCGUGGACAAGCCUAUAUACAAAUCAUUCAACGCUGCCGUAUUCCAUCACGACGCCAUUUUUUUGGAUCUGAUCGAUAAUAUGGCAACGGAUACGUGGCAAUCGAUAGCGGGGACGUUGGUUUGUAUGGCUGUGGUAUGCUUCCUCUUUCUUCGGAAUAUGCUUACAGUGGUUAUUGCAACUGCUUCUGUUCUUUCUGUGUCCAUUGGUAUCUUGGGCACGCUAUCCUGGUGGGAUGUUGAUUUGGAUCCUAUUUCAAUGGCCGCCAUGAUAAUAUCUAUUGGCUUUAGUGUUGAUAUUCCAGCACAUGUUGCUUAUCAUUACUGCAAAGCUAGCGGAAAUUCGACACUUCAAAUUAGAAUUGGCAAUUGUCUUACUUCAGUGGGAUUCCCAGCAGUGCAAACAGCAUUGUCCACCAUACUGUGUGUAUACAGCUUAUGGUUCGCCGAAAUUUAUAUGUCGCAGGUUUUUGUGAAAACAGUGGUUUCGUCGGUCAUAUUAUGCAAUUUACAUGGUCUUGUGAUCCUACCAGCUAUACUUUCAAUAAUUCAUCAGACUAGAGCUCGAUUCGACCAAAAUAAAACCUACAGUACACCAGCUGAGCGUGCUGCAAAUAAACAGUUGAAAAAAGCUAGAGAUAGAGCGGCCAAGAUAGCACAAAUACAGGGAAGAAAUAGAAAUCAGCCAGACCUGAAAACGGACCGACCAUCAAUUCCUGAUUUCAAUGUCAUACCUUAG